AUGGGACCAGCGCUGGACGGCGUGGCGAGCAUCGGCCUGCAGCAGGCGAACCUCGGGGCCAUCGGCCUGGCCCAGGCCGACACCGCCGCGCCGGGCAUCACGCAGAUCGACGGGGCGGCGAUCGGGCUGGAGCAGGCGAACCUCAAGGGCCUCGGCAUCAGCCAGCUGGGCGACACCGCCGGGGGGCCGAGCGGGGCGUCGCUAGGCGUCUCGCUGCCUGAGAACCCGUCCGAGGGCUCAGGCGGGCUGCAGCUCGGCUUCCUGGCGAAGAGGCCCAACGAGUUGGCGAAGGGCUGCGAGACGCCGCCCGCGACCAGGGCGCAGGACAGCCCCGACGACGAGCAGCCCGAUAAGGUGAUCGAGGAGGCGUGGAGGACGAGGAUCGCGAAGUCGAGGACGGCGAUUGCCAGCAAGUACGACCGCUUCAAGAAGGGCAGCGCAGAGGAGCAGGCGAAGUACAAGAAUGCGCAGGGCCACAUCGGCAAGGAGAACUGCAUCCUCGAGUGGGUCGACAAGCAGUGGAACGUCAUCGCAGGCAAGGAGUCGGGGGUCGGCAUCACAGAGACGGGGGCGAUGGCGGCACUGAACACAGUCUUGGCGUGCCAGAAGCUGGGGUACCCCUGGGUGCAGUGGAACAGCUUCACCAAGCGCGCCGAAUACCUCUACUGCAAGUCGGGCUUCAAGAACAAGUUCGAGACGGCGUGGACGCAGUACCAGGAGCAGACGGGCGUGCAGGACGACCUGGCGCUCGACUUCCUGAAGGGGGGGGGCACGACACGCUGGGCGCAGGAGAGCGAGGCCAAGCAACAGGCGGCGGACGAGAAGAAAGCCGCCGACGUUGCCAAGCAGAAGGAGGCGGAGGCGACGAAAGCAAAUGAGGCGGAGGAGAAGCAAGCAAAGGCGGCGGAGGCGAAGGCUAAGGCAGCGGUCAAGGCCGCGGCACGGAGCACCAAGCGGACGAGGGGCGACCGCGGCGGCACGGCGACGCCGCCACCUGAGCCAGCUGGUGACGACGCUCCCCACCCGAAGCAGGCCAAGAAGGACGCGAAGAAGAAGCUCGACGACUUUCGCACGCUGAUCAGCCUGUACGGACAGGAGCUCACGUCUGGCAAGAUGAUCUUGCGCAACAUCGGCACGGUGGCAUCGUGGGAGCCCUUGGCGGACGAGAGGAUGAGCGGUGAUCUCCGCAGGGCAGUCGAGGCGCUGGAGAACACGAGCACCACCAACGCGCUCGCGGCGCAGCUGGUGACGCAGAAGUUUGACGCAGUGAGGGCAUACGUCGGGGAGGCAGAUUUCGACAAACAGAUCGACCAGAUCACGUCGAUCCUCAAGCCCAAGGUGGAUAAGCUGAACGCAGAGGUCGACGCCUUGAACCAGAUGCACGCUCUGGUCGUGAAGAAGGCACAGGGCGGCAGGUAG